ACGCGUCAUCUACUUGGAUUAGUUGAAUCAUAUUUGGAAACUUUAUAUGUAAAAUCAAACAAUUCUAAUAUAAACAACAAAAUGCUAUAAUUGUAAUUUAAUAAUAAUUUUUUAUGUUGUUAUUAUUUAAUUGUUUUGACAUUUUGAUAUUGUAACAAGUGCAAGCAGCCAACAUGGAUCCCAAAAAAAUCACUGAACUGGCUACAUUAUUACGAAAUAAUGGUGAUAAAAUCUUAAGUUCAGAGUUUACACUUACACUAUCAGCCUCUCUUCUACGAGCCCUAAACGACUCAUUUACCCUAAUAGCUGAUUCUCUAGAAAUUGGUGACAUACAAAACUUUCAAGUUGUAAAACCCAUCAAUUCCAAAUCUCCCGUUUUUCGUGAUCUACAACUGGUGCAUGAUUUUGUACAGAAAACAACACUACUCUGCAUAAUACAAUAUCCCGGAGAAGAAUGUUUUGAGGGUAAAAUUGAUAUAACAAAAUUUCGUGCCCUUAAACGUCUCGAAAUACAAAAGGUACAAGUCAAACAGAUAUGUGGCCUACAACCUCUGCGAGCCCAAAUGCAACAUUUAAUUUGUACCAAAAGUAUUAAAUGUGUGGAUGAGAUAAUAACACAUUGUGGGGGAGAUAAUUCGAAUGGUUUUGUUUGGAAUGAAUUGAAAAUAGCGGAUUUUAGUUAUAAUAACUUACGUACGGUGGACACCUCAUUGGAAUUUGCUCAAUAUUUACAACAUUUAAAUCUAAGACACAAUCAAUUGCAAUCGGUUAAGGCCAUCAAAUGGUUGCCUCAUUUAAAAACAUUAGAUUUGAGCUUUAAUCGUUUGCAGUUUAUACCACAGUUUCAUAUGGAUGCCUAUAAACGUUUGCAGUCUUUGAAUAUGAGUAAUAAUCUAUUGGAGGAUUUGAUGGGUAUUGUAAAAUUGGAUGCUCUUACAGAUUUGGAUUUAUCGGAUAAUUGUUUAUUGGAUCAUACUUAUCUAUUGCCCCUAAGUGCCAUAAGUACCUUAAAAUUUUUAAAUUUGUAUGGUAAUCCUUUGCAAUGUCAUCCCAAACAUCGUUUGGCUUCAUCACAAUAUUUGCAUAAAAACUGUUCAUCGGUUAAAUUCAUAUUGGAUUUUGAGCCUUUAACGAAAAAUGAAAAGUCUGUUACGGGCACUCACCAGAUUAGAUUAGUGGGAGCUCUUAAUCAUUAUACCACACGUUCCUCUACUUCAUCGUUAACAGCAGUAGGACGUAUAACACCAGCCUCCAAUCAAACUCCUGCCUCCAGUGUGGGUUCUUUAGUGUCUUUUAAACUUAAUGACAACAAUUCAGAUACUUCAGAAACUUAUAACGCCGAUGAGGUGGUAGUUAAGCAGGUUAAGAAAAAAUCUUCUAAAGUAAGACAUGUGGAAAUUGAAGAUAAUAUACAGGAAACAGGAGAACAUUUAGAUAACCUUAAUUCCAAGGAAAAUGUUAUGAAUAACUCAGUUUUUGUGGAAGAAGAAAAUAAAGAACACUUGGAUAUUAAAGGGCAAGUGGAAAAUUUACGCAAAAAAUAUGGCAAUGAAUGGUUGCAUACGGGUAAUGCCGAAAUCCGUAACAGUGUUUUGGGCCUUACGCCUUCCAACACCUCAGCUGUAGAUAUUAAUCUAGAAAGACAAAAAUCAAGACAAAUGUUUGAUGAAUAUGUCAAAGAUUUCAAAGAGGAAGCCAAUACUACCGUGCAUACCUCCACACCAACCAAUAACACUUUAGAUAACACCAUGGCACAGCUGAUGCUAACACCCAUUAAAGCUCAACCGGACAGUAAUGAAACAACUUCACUUUAUCAAAGUUUAGAGCAAACACAAGCGACCUUAAUCAAUAAUACCGCAGACAAUGAUAAAACGAUAUACAAGUCCUUGGAUAAUACAAAAAUGAUUAGUAAAAAUCCUUUUGAAGAAGAGGAUGAUGUUGAGGAAAACGAAAUGCUAACAAAAACAACACCACAAACAGAAGCAGUAAGAGAUGAGGAAGAGGAUCAUGAUAUAUUAAGUAAAAUCUAUGCCACAAACGAACAACAUAAUGAAGAGGAUGAAUAUUCCGAAAGAGAAGAGGAUGAAGAGACCUAUAUUGUCUAUACCACUAAUCAAAAUGAAGCAUUAUUUUUAACCAAGUCUUCCAAUUUCCUUAGAGAAAGAGAUCCUUUAACCGAAAAAACCAAAACCAAAUGGAGUUUAAAAAUUUUAGAAUCCUGUGAUCGCAUUAAAUCCAAUACUUUACGCAUAAACUUCGAUACGGUAAAAAAGGAUAAACAAGAACGUGUUUAUACCGUAGAAGAAGAUCUGUGUCAAGAAUUGGAAAAGAAAUUGCGUGAUAUUUUAUCACAACGUGAUUUAACCGAAAUGAAUCAAACGAUUUAUAGAUGUGUCAAUUGCAGCUGUCAAUUUUCUCAGGAAACUAAAUCGAAAUUGAAUAACUCGGAAAUCCGUUGUCCCGACUGUAAAUCCUGUUUUGUAGCAGAAAUCCAUGAAAUACCCAAAUCUCUGGAAAAAGCCAAUCUAGUAGACAAACUAUCGCCCGCCUCUAUAGUGGAAGAAUUGCCCACUUCAAUAGCACCCUUAUCUAUACAACAGCCCUUAACGUCUCUCUCUAAUUCCAUAGAAGUUGCCGAAGAAACAAAUAGUAUUGGUAAAGGCAACGCAAGGCUUUCUGCUAACAAUCCACUGCAUAGUAGGACGCUGAAGCAAACUCUAAAAAGUUCUGCUAAUUCACUUAAUGAAUCCUCCUGUUCUAAAAUUACCGCCACCUCUCAUUCUGAAAGCUCUUUCAAUUCAAAUCAAUCUUUGGUGGGCAGUUCAAACACUGAUCGUGAUUUAGAUUUUAAAACUAAUGGUGAAAGUGACGUUGACAUCAUCUCUAAUCCUAGCCAAUCGAGCAUAGAAGUCUUAGAUCCUUGUGCUAGUCGCAAAAACUGGGAAGAACGUCGCAGCAUUGCUCAUGUACCCAAUUUGGAGACUAUCGAUGAUCAAAGUUAUACCCAAACUUUCUUAGAGCGUGAAUUUGAUAAUAUGAUUAACUAUGCUAAUAAGGACAAAGACAAAUUGGAGGUAUAUAAUGAAAUGGAACAACAGGAUGCUGUAUCAGGUGCUCAGGAGAAGAUAGAUUCGGAGAUACCGCCUAAAAAAUCUUCUAACAAUAUGGUUCAUAAUAAUCUAACGGAGAGUAGUUCCUCUGGCUCAGUAACGGAUAGUAUUUGUACGGCCUAUGAACAAAAGCCAGAGAAGGCUUCGCAAUCGAGUGAAGAUAAGAAGGAAUCAGUAAAAGAGUUUCUUCAGCAAGAAACUAAUGGAAAGACAAAUUCACAAAAUGCUGCUAAGAAAGAAGAAAAUACGGGAUUAUCAUCGAUUUUUGGAGCUCUCAUGCAGUCGACCAACAUUUUAAUGACCAGUUCCAAAAAACUUAUUGAUUCAGAAACUUUAUCGAAUGUUAAAUCGGGUACUGCCUUACCUACAAACUCCUCCAAUAUUAGCAGUAGCAACACAAACAAAUCUACCUCCGGUACACAGUAUAAAUUCAAUUAUACCGACUUCAACGAUAUCGAUCAUCGUUUAAAAUUAUAUUUUUAUCAAACCAAAUUCGAAAAAGAUGAACAUUUCAAAUGGAUUGUUAGGGGACGCAUUUUCAAUGAGACCAAUAAAAAAUUAAGUGAUGGCGUGGUGGUAAUGUCGACCUGCAAAUUAUAUGUUAUGGAGGCAUAUGCCAAGGAAAAUGAUGAUGUUGCCAAAUGGUUGAAAACCACUAUAAGUUGCACAGUAGAUCGUUUGGAUGCCAUACAAUUGUUGCCCUGGAAAAUGGGUUUAUCAUUUUAUCUCAAUGAUUGGGGUGGUUUCUUAUUAUUGUUGCAGGAUAUAUUAAGAACAGAUUCCUUAAUGUUAUUUUUUGCCAAUAAUGCUCUGCCUUCUCUUUGUGAAUUGAAAUACCAACCGGCUGAUGUAUUAACUAAACGUCUUAGUGCCGCCGUUAUUGAUGAACAACUAAAUAUGUGCUCUUUACUAAAUGGCUGUGAAAUUUCAUGUGAAAAUGCUAAACGCUCCUUUAACAUUUGUGGCCUUUUAACCACCGACUCACGUAUUUAUUUGAGUUCGGAAAAGCUAGAUUGGCUAUCUGUUUUAAACCAUGACUCGGAUAUUGAAUUAUGCGUUACGCAAUUCAUGUCUAAUUUAGUUGAGGUGGAGCAUUGUGCGGAUAAUGUAUUUAUCAUUAAUUUCUUAGAUGAAACCCAAGAUAAAUGUGAACUCUGGAAGUGCACAUUUCAAACAGCGGAAAAUGCUAAUACCUGUUUAAAUUCUAUAGCACAAUCAUGGGAGAAAUUAUUCGGUGUACCCUUGAUAAAUGCAUAGGAAUUGAGUUAAUUUAAUUAUAUAAUUUUUUGUUUUUAGUUAUAAAUGCUUUUAUGUUUGUAAAACUUUGUCCAAUUUUUUCUUUAUAUUUUUUGUUUUUUUUUUUUUUCUUUACUUAAAUUUGUAAAUAAUUAAGAUUUAUUUUUUGUUAUUUGGCUCCCUUAAAUAAAAAUACAAAUUUGUCUAGGUCCAAAAUGGUCUUGGCAAAUAUGUAUGCAAAACAUUUCACUAAACUAAAAACCCUUCAAAAUUUCAUAAUGGUUCUCUCUAAAGUAUUUUUUUAAAACUAUUACCUAUUUUUGUAAAUACAAACUCGAAAAGAAUAUAUAAAAAUGUAAGCAGUAACUAAAUAUAUCUCAAAGCCCUAAAAUUAUCUAUCAACUAUAUCAAUUUACCCUCUUUAUACAUAUAUUUAAAUCCAGAAAAAACUUAGUUAUAAUAAUUUGUUUAAAAAAGUAAAACAUUUUUAAUAAAUAUUCGCAAUAUUUAGUGAAAUUAUACACAAAACACCAGGUAAUUAAAUAAAUAUAUUGUUAAGAAGGAAUAUGAAUUCAACAAGUAAUGGUGGAAGCAGCAAUAGGUAAUCGCAAGGAGUCAGCUGUUAUUAUAAGGAAGACAUAUUUUAAAGGUUCUCAACUCCCAGAAAGGACCGAAAUGUUGUUAAAUUUGAAGUCAUCGUAAGCGGAGAAAAGUUUUUCAAUCGUUGUCACACACACUGGCUA